GUCAGCACAAGGACUGUGUUUCCCUGUCCUUGAUCAAAAAAGAAAAAAACAUUUUUAAAGCACACAUGAUUGGUUCAGCUGUUUUUGUUUUGAUAUAAGAGGGAGAUUGUGAGGAGCAGCUUGCCUAGAACAUUUGGAGGUUUUCCCUCGCGGCUGCGCACACAUUUCCCUUGGGCGCUCCUUUGUCCUUUUACCGUAAGGAACACAUUACGGGAGGAGCGGACGUGAGUCACUGACAGCUGAGCCUGUUCAUCAUAACUGGCGCAAAAGCCCAUUUUUGACUACAAUGGGGAACGAUUGUGGUCAUGCCGUAUUUCUGAAAUCGGUCAAUUAAUUAUUUAUUUAACCAGAUUUCGCAUUUUUACGCUCUAUUUAUUCUGUGUGGAAAUACUUUAGAGAAGAUUCCCUGUGCAACUAAAACCCAUCCAGAUGUGUAUGCACAGCCACGCCCACACACUGUGUUCUAAGUUGUCAUGGAACAUCAGAUGACAGUUCUGUCCUUCUGCUUUUAAAUUGUCACAUGCUGCCUCCUGAAAACGGAAGUUUUGGGAAAUUACAGUAAGAUGACAGUUGCGACAGGUUGUAUACUGUAUGUUAACGAAUGUGUUGCAACGUGUGAUAUAGCACGGACGUUUAUAAAAUUUAGUUAAAGCACUCGCAUUUUUCUAGGUAGUUGGUUCUUGAUUCACUAAUGAAUUUCUUCGCGCUACCAUUUUCUAGGUUUUCCCUUCAGAUCAAACUCAGCUCUUGUUCGCCGUGGUAGCCUAUCUGGAGGUUUUGGUGUCUUGUUUCAGGACAUUGGAAGCAAGCCAGAUCUUGCCCAACUCACUGACUGGAACAGUGGUUUCCUAGUGCCUGCAUAGAAGGAAGUACCCGGUAUCUGAAAGCUACAGGCGAAGAGAUAAUUUUGAUUUAUGGAGAAAUUUAGCACAAAGAGUUUCUUAUUUUCACUGGAAAUUUAUUUUUUCUGGGCUAUAAACUUGUGACUGUUGUCUCUGACAACUGGAGAGGACAAUAAAACAGAAGCGGAGCCGGGCAAUCGGGUGGCCAAGACAGCGUGCCGUGUAUGCGGUGUCCCUAUACGGGCGGGCAGCGGACCGCACGCCGUGAGGAUCGAUGACCAUUCAGUGGUGGCAGCUGGCUGCGGGGCUGGUCUCUCUCAGCCUGUGCGUUUCUGCUCUCGCACUGGAAAAGAUCGAGUGGGACCAGAAUCGGGUCAUUUGUGCGCAGGGUCUGAUAAACUGCAGAAUAAAAGAUGAGGUUCUGCGGAGACCUGACUCUGGUUCCGUGGACGUCAGCAGGCUGGAGCUCCAAGCCUUUCUGUGCUGCAAAGACCAAGCCUGUAAACCCUGUGUAAAGAUCCAAACCCACUUCACCAUCACUGGUCUCCAUGACAAAAGGGACCUGUCUGGGGAUGGUGAUGAUGAUGAAGAAAAGGAGGCAGAAGAGGAAGAUGUGUCUGUGAGUUUGUGUUACAGCAUCCCAGGCAGCAUUCCGUCCUGCAAAAGAAUAGAGUUCAAAGUGCCAACUUCUGCCCUGGUGAACCAGAAUAACACAGAGAUUUGGGUCUCCCUGCUGGUGUAUGAGACAGUUUAUUUCGGCAGCCUGCUGUUGGUGUCGGUCAAGUCUCUCAACCAAACCAUCACCGUACCCCAUGAAAAAGAAGUAUGCUCUCCAGAGCUGCGUGGAUACAUGGAGGAGUGUGAUGUCCCCAGGCUGCGAACUGUCAUUGACUGGAAGAAGGGAGUGGCCUCACUGAAAUUAGACGCUGAGAACAUGGACCCCAAACCUCGACUGUGCCUGAAAUUUGGGGAGAACGGGAGCUGCAUGCUCCAGCAAUCGAACCAGACAGAGUUCACCUUUUCUCUGGACUCUGUCGCCUCCUGCCUGUGCUUUGAGGUCAGGAAAGCAGGAGCGCUUCUGGGUUCGAUGGACUGCCCGUUUGAAAACUACCCAGAAUUCCAAAAGAACACAUGGGACAGGGUGCAGGUGUCUAUGGUGCCAGCUAAGACAAACAGUGAGGAGGCAGCAUUGGCAUGGAACCUGACUGCCCCCUGCAGGUUGGAGGCUGAACUGUGGCUGUGCAGGAUGGGAGCUGGAGAAUACUGCAGAGAGGUGGAGGGCUCCAGGCAACGAUUGGAGGAUAAGAGUCGGACAUGGCAGGAGAACAGUCAGGGCUACUGGAUACAAGGAGACUAUGCGGAUAAUGUUCCCCAUCCAUCACUGUGUGUGCUGGUCAAAGUGCAGGGGAAGGACAGUACACUGGGCCCCUGGUGUCCCUUUUCUACUCCCAGGAGGCACUGGGCCCUUCCUGUUCUGAUCAGCAUGAUACUGAUCUGCGUGGCUGUUCUGGGAGCCUGUUUACUGCACGGCAGCCUGAAAAUGCUGUCUCUUCCACCAGGCUGGGUGAGGGGAUGGUUUAAAGAUGACAGCAUAAAAGGAGCCAUGAAAGGAGGUCAGGUUCUGCUGCUGUGCCCCCCGGAUGUGGACCCCACCCUCUCUAAUCUGGUGAACCGUUUGGGAUCCUCCUUGUCCACUCUGGGCUUCAAGGUGACGGUAGACCUGUGGAGCCGGUCAGAGCUCUGCGCCCUGGGCCCUGUGCCUUGGCUGCAUGCCCAGCUGGACCAGCUUCAAAGGGAGGGGGGCAGGGCAGUGCUGAUCCUGACACGCACUGCAUGGCAGAGAGCGGCGCAGUGGAGCAGGGAAAGGGACACAGUGAAGGACAGAACGUCUCCAUAUUCGGAUGUCUUCAGCGCUUCGCUGAGCUGCAUUCUAGCUGACUACCUACAGGGAGGCACUGGAGAACGUUUUGUCCUGGCGCACUUUGAGAGCCUGCCCUCUCUGACCACUGAGAAGGGCGGCAUCGAACCAGAGGUACUCUGCGGCCUGCGACGUUACAGCCUGCCCUCCCAGGCCCGGGACUUCCUGAAGGAGCUGAUGGCACCCUCCUGUGGGCCCCACUUCCCACAACUUAUAGGGCUACGAGCUUCCUCACAAGCACUGAAGACAGGUUUGUGGGGGUCUGAAGGUUUGGGCUUGUGUCAGGACAGCACGGAUGCAAAGGAGACUGCACCCCUGCAAGGCUGUCACGUGCUCCAUACAUCAAGUGGUAAGGCUAUGCACUGGGUGUGACACAGACUGAAAAACACAAAGUGUGAGGCAGGGCAGCCCAAGGGCAUGCCACCUCUAAGACACCUUGAGGAAAGAACAGGACAAGGUGCAUUGAGCAAACGCUCCCCUUUUAAAACAGGUUUUGUAAAGAAUGGGGCAGGGCAUCUUAAGGACAUGCCCCCUCUGCUCCCUGAGACUGCGAAUAUGAAUAUGAAAAUGAUUUCCGUCCAAUGCAGGAUUCUGAUGUUUAUUGAAGAGGAACAACUUGACAUGCCAAAACCAAAGGUCAUGAAGUUGUUCUCUAACGCCAACUAUCUGUAUGAUUAUGACACAUAUGCGGGCAUGGCAAGCAUCUAGAUAAGAAUGCUAUAAAGCUGUAAUGACAGUUGAUUCCAUGAUGUAAAGUUCAUAAACUUAUGUACAUUGUGUUCUCUCAUAUCACUCCUAUUAAACAAGUGUUUUCUAGACAUGUACCUCAUGUAUAUAUGUAUAUUUAAUGUAAAUAUAAAUCAGAAGCAAUAUAUAUACUGUAACUGUAAAAAACAUUAACUUCAAAUGUGGAAUGCAAUCACAUAGAAUGAGAACCUUUUGAAUACAGAGACAUUUAGAAAAAGAUAUGAAGGGAAGAUGGCAUGGUUCACUGCCAUACAACUUACACAAGUGGGGCAUUGCAUAGGGCUUUAUAUGUAAACUAUGUUCAUUCUUUAAAUUUUUGUAUAUCAGGCUGAAUUUCCCUUUGUAAAAAUGGAGAAGGAGAAAUUAUA